UAAAGGGAAAAAAUUUUUAAAAACUUACUGUGCUAGUUUUUCUCCUCUACAAUAAGAGAAAUCAGUCAAUCACCCCCAAAUUAACGUAGCUAAGGCCUUUUCCAAAAUUGGACCGGCGAAUCCAAUUGCAGUAAAAUCCCCUAAACCCUUAUCGUCCUCCUCACACCACCAGUCACCGCCGCCCACCAUGAGCGACAGAGCUCGCGACGCCGGCGGCCGGGACAGAGAACGCGACCGUUACAGAGACCGAGACCGGGACCGCGAUUACCGCGACAGAGAACGGAAGAGAGACCGCGAAGAUCGUGACAGAGGAGAGCUUGACCGAGAACGCAGCCGGCGUUCCCGUUCCCGUACACCUGACCGGCAUCGAUCUCGGCACGCCCGUUCCCACACGCGCUCCCCUUCUGCUGACCGGCGACGCUCUCGUUCGCAUUCUCCGGAUCGACGCCACCACCGUCACCGGCGUCACCACCGCUCCCCGACUCCCGAAAGCCCUCCUCGGAAACGGAGGAAGGACGAUGAAGAGAAGGACAGGGAAAAGGACAGACACCGCGGCUCCUCAGUUGACGGGGCUUCGAAGGAGAAGCAAAAGAAGCAGAAGGAGAGUGGCGGGGAAGUUGAACAAGGGAAUGAAGAUGGUGAAUUGAUGGAUGUGGAUGAAGUUGAGAUGAUGAAGCAACUUGGAAUCCCGGUAGGGUUUGAUUCUACUAAAGGGAAGCCGGUGGCUGGGAAUGAUGUAGGGGGUGUGAGGAAAGUUACCAAACGGCAGCCCCGGCAGUACAUGAAUCGCCGUGGGGGAUUUAAUCGCCCCUUGCCUGCUGAAGUUAAUCGUUAAAUUCAAGUCCAAGAUUUAUCUUCUGGUGUUGGGUGUGAGGCACGGAACUGCUAAUGGUUGCUGGAUAAGCUAUGCCCACGAAAUGCUUGCUGCAUGUUAGGUUUAUGAAUGCACCUUGAUAUUGUGUGAAGUGUGGUAAAAUUUUCUGCAUUAAAAUUAAUCUUGCAAUUUUCUUCUUUGAUUGACAGAUUUUACAUGCUGAAAUUGCUACAUAUAAUUGUUCGUGUGGCUUGUCUUGAUUUGUGAUCUUCAAUUUCGGUGACGGACUUUAAUAGUUGAAGUGAUUAUUUUAUCAUAUUGCUUCCAUGACUCAUGAUGCUAAAUUGUAAUUCUCCUAAUAUUGUUAGGUUUCUUUGGAGAUCAAGUUCCAACUCCUGUUCAAGAUUCUUCUGAUUGGGUCCCUGCUUCCGUGCUACCAUGUGGGUUCUUCAAAGCAAUGAUGUAAGAUAUUUCUUUAGGGUGUAUUUAUUUGAUAAUUCUGAUGGAAUACAGACGAAUAUUUCUGAUGAUGUUCUCUGUCUGGUUCUUCGAUGUGACUGUGAAUUGUCAGUUGGAAACGACUAAUGGGCUUGUAUUGGAUGAAUGUUAUGAUCAAAUGUGCCUUUCAGUGUCUUGAAAUUCAAUUUAAGCGCAUUAUUUAUAUAUAUCCACAUUCUGCUGUGUUGUAACCAGCUUUUUAAUAUUGCAGCCUCAUUAUCUGUAAUUUUGGCAUCUUUUUUCUUCUUCUGCUAUUGAUGUUAUUGCCCACUUAUUGUGGUUAUUAAUGCAUGUGGCUUGCUAGGGACACAUUUUUUAAGUGUAAAAGAAAUUUAAGAAUCACAUCUAGUUCUCCCACACCUGGUAGAAAAUGAGAGAAUGGUUGAGAGGCUGUUCUUGGCUGUAAGAUGCUUUCUAGCAUCGCUAUUAUCUAAUCUCCUGUUUGUUGGAGAGUUUAUUGUCAAUUUGGAAGUGCGGUGGUGCAGAACUUGAAUCUUUUUCUGAAACCUAGCUUGAUUUCCACAUCUCCAACUCAGAUGUUCAAUUUAAGCUUUCAGCUUAGGUAAUGUUUGUUCCUUUCCUCAAGCAUCACUAAUUUAUGUUGAUAUAUCAUCUCAUUCAUAAUUUUGUAGGAAUGUGUAAGAUACUUUGAAUUAUACUUGUAGCAACUCGUGCUGGGUUGGGUUAGGAUAUCUAAUAUAAAGAACCUGUGAUACGGGGGAAAAAAUUACAAUCAUUGAAAGCUGGGCUAGGAUUAAAUGUCAUGUGGUGGAAUUGAUUUAGCUGUGUGGAAUGGGUUGUUUGCUGGAUCUUUUCUUUUGUAUUCACAGAUUAAAUAAUUGUGUAGUCAUUGCCGGGUGAAUUGCUUGGUUAGCUCAUUUGGCAGGCAGCAUCUGGUGGAAAAGAACUAUGGAUUCAAUUGACCUAGUUUGGCUGCUGAAGCUUUCGACCUUUUUGGUUGCGAACGUGUUACUCUGAGUCCCCAGAAUUAGAAGGAUCUUGACUAUCUAAUAGAAACCAAAAAGGAAACUGUGCAGGACGAUAAUGUUAGCUGAACUCACCAUUUAGACUUUUGUUAACCCUAGUAGUUCUUCUGAGUUGUAUUUUCCAAGCAGAAUUCAGUGUCCAGAUUGACAUACAUUAAAUGGGAGCCCGAGCACCCGAACUCAACACAAAAUGUACUUGGUCUUUUUCCAUGAAGAAUGUUUCUUAUCUACUGGUUUUAAGACCCUUUCUCCUCCCUAAGGAUAGCCCGUAAAAAUGAGUGAGAGGCAUUCGGCUAUGUUCAAAUUUCAAGCAAGUGCUCGAGUAAGUGGCCUGCUUUUGUUAUUUGAAAUGAAAAGUUUGCUUAAGACAUACAUAUAUUGACUAGGGCAUGAUAUUUACUACAUUUGUUAAUGGUUUUACUGGUCAGCAAUGUAACAGUUGAGAAGUAGUUCCACGAUGUUGACGAUGAUGAGAUUGGAUUCAAACCUCUUUCACUGCAUCCUAUACUGAUUGCCACUAUCCAAACAUUAUAAUGCAACCAUCAAGAAUUAAAACAUUACCAAGCACAAGAUCAAUUUUUAACAUUUAGUUUCAGGCUACUUGAUCAAUUUGAGUUUCCGUGCAAGAAACAAAUUGCUGCAUAGAAAUAUUUUUUACUGCUCGAUUUUAUUUGUAUUCGUUUUUUUUUUUUUGUGGG